AUGAAUCCACAUGCUGAAUUACCUUUUCAGUCACUGAGAGUAUCGUUGUCCGACCGCAUCCGUGGCAAUUUUGUCAGACUUCCGAGUUACAUUGUGCAAGUUCUAGAAGGCACAUCUAUACCGGUGCAGGAGUUCGGCAUUGCAAUUCAAAAAGCUGAUCAUACUUUGCAUGUAGGUUGGGACGGCUUUGAAUCAUCUUCCGCUAUCAAUGGACAGACUUGCGUGGAGAUGAACCCGGUGUUAGCCUCGGCUCACAACGUGUCAGAGGGUGACGUGGUAGACCUGCGAAUCAGACACUUCGACCGACACCACGUAGCUACGGAGGUAUACAUAGAGCCUUUAUCGAGUGACGACUGGGAAAUCAUCGAAGGAAACUCGAGGUUUCUUCAAGAAGACAUGCUCUUUCAGACAAGAAUAGUCGUGCCAGAUGAACUGCUGAUAUGCUAUGUGGAGCAGACUGUGGCUCGAUUUAAAGUCCAAAAGCUAGCUCCCCAGCUAGACGGUGGAGGAAGACUCACAAACGAUACACUUGUGGUUGUUGCCCCUAUGCUAAACAAGUCCCGCAUUUCAAAUGAGAAGCUAAAGAUACCUGUUGAUCAUUAUCACUCAUCUUUUCACCAGCCUAUUUUAAUGCGAACUUUAGCCCGAACUAGUGAACUGCAGGGAUUUUCCAUGGGUGUGUGUGAACGCAAUGCAAAAUCAACUUUGGCCCUAGUAUCCAUUUUGAAGAAUCCCUUGGAAAAUUUACCCGCGGAUACGCCAACGGACAGUGGAAAUGUCAUCGCCAGUGCCGAAAAAGUAGCUGUAAAACUCAUUCAACAAAAACACCUGUCUAGCAAACAAGCUAUCCUAUCAGUUCUUGCGUGGGAGUCUCUUGGGUUUGAUCCGCAAAAUGGUCAUAAGAUAAAUGUCGAAUUUAUAAACGACCUGAGCGAUGUCGAGCCUCCGAAUGCCAUCGUCUUUAGAGUUGAACAAUCCAGCAGUAAAGAAAAAAUACUUUCAGGCGGUGAAAACAGCAGUGCUAUCCAUAGCGACACUAUCAAUAGCCUGGCUCGUUUAGUUACGGGAUCUGUAUUAACGGAUAGAGUAUAUUUACCGCGAUUCAGGGUUUACAUCGAGUUGGCAUAUUCCAGCGGUGAACGUGUUCCAUUCUAUGAUUUUCGAAGUAAAGGGAUAAAAUUCAAGCCGGCAGAUACCACGGUUAUUCUGUCACGAAAAGACCAGGUAGUCCCACAAAAUGCUCUGUCUGACCCAAUUGGGAUUGAAAAAAUGCUGGAUGAUCUGGUACAAUAUUUGACACUCCCCAUCGUACCUUCUUCGUGCUCCUUAAUUACUGGAUCUAGUGGAAUGGGUAAGACACUCUUGGUUCGACACUUGAAAUCUCGAUUGGAAUUAACCACAUCAGUGAACGUGAAAUAUGUGGAUUGUGAGAAAUUGAUAGACAGUUCAAAUUUUACGAAAAUGAAGCAGCACUUGCAACAACUGUUAUCGGCUUGUUAUUGGUAUAGUCCGUCACUUCUGAUUUUGGACAAUGCAGAGAUUAUAUUUCCGCAAUCGAGGUCUGAAGAUGAGGGUCAGUCCCAGAAUACUCUCACGGAUGUAUCAACAAAACUAUGUCAGGUAUUAGUGCAUGAUCUUGAAAGACUUUACCCGAAACGUCAAGGUCAGGUCCGAUUGUUACUGACAGCCAGAGCACAAGAUAAAAUCAACCAGAGUCUGUUUUCGAAGCAUGCAGUCGGCAAAACCUGGAAACUGUCAGCGCCUGAUAGAGACACACGCUGUGCACUGCUAAAACAUCUCUUAGGCGAAAGGAAUUUGCACUACUCAGAAGAACUAGAUGAGUCCACAAUAGCCGUUGGAACUGAAGGCUAUUCUCCACGAGAUUUGCUUUUGCUUGCUGACAAGGUACUAUAUGAACAUUUAUGUGAUCAAGAUAGCACUUCGAAUACUCUCAAAAGGGACAGUUUUGAUCGAGCCGUUGCCGCUUUUACGCCUACAUCACUUAGAGGUAUCAAGAUCCAAAAGAGCAUCGGAAUCAAAUGGUCGAGUGUCGGAGCAAUGCAUCAGGCGAAAGCGUUACUUUUAGAGACUCUAGAAUGGCCCAUUAAGUAUGGCCCCAUUUUCUCUAAAUGCCCCCUACGCUUAAGAUCCGGUAUCCUACUAUAUGGGUAUCCGGGAUGUGGUAAGACUAUGUUGGCGAGCGCAGUAGCACAGCAGUGUGGACUCAACUUCAUAUCUGUCAAGGGCCCUGAAAUCCUCAAUAAAUACAUCGGGGCCAGUGAACAAAGCGUUCGUGAGUGUUUUGAAAGGGCCCAGGCUGCGCGUCCAUGUAUUUUAUUUUUCGAUGAGUUCGAUUCGAUUGCUCCAAAGAGGGGACAUGACUCGAUUGGGGUGACAGACCGGGUUGUUAAUCAAAUGCUUACCCAGAUGGACGGUGCUGAAGGUUUAGAGGGUGUUUACGUACUUGCUGCUACAAGCAGGCCCGAUUUAAUUGACUCUGCGCUUUUGAGACCUGGCCGACUGGACAAAAGUGUACUUUGUGGCUUACCAGUGGCAGCUGACAGACUAGAGAUUUUACGGGCGAUCAUAUCUAGUGGCAAGAUGCCUGUAGAGCCAAGCUGUAAUUUACAAGAGUUCGCAGAGGCUACAGAUGGGAUGUCAGGUGCAGACUUGCAAGGAAUGUGCUAUAACGCCUACUUAAGUAGUGUGCAUCGGAAUAUGAGAAUGUCUACAGAAACCAAUGUACUCGAUGCUAUUGACGCUGCCGGUGACUUUCCAGAGAAGCGAUUAAAAUAUUUCCAAGCGACAAACCCCUCCUCGACAUCUGCGGAGGCCCACAUCUUUUUGGAAAAAUUCAAACACAAGUAUACCUCUACUCCCGCCGAUUUGGGGAAUCAGUCGUCCAGUGGGACCGUGUCAACGACCUCCAAGGACCUUCCAACUAUUACAACUGCCGACUUCCGGGCGGCCUGCCGCGACACGAAACCCUCAAUUUCUCCAGGUGAGUGGCAGAAAUUGUCUAAAAUCUACAGAAGAUUUUCAAGUGACCGAGAGGCCACGAUGCCCUCAGGAGAAGCAUCAAGUGACAUCGGUGGUAGACUCACGUUGAUGUGA